GUAUGCCUCAUUGGAAUGCUUUGAAAUGGCAUUUGAGAUACUUGAAAUUUUCUGCUAAUCAUGGUUUGAUUUUUACUAAGUGUACUGAAGGUGUGAAACUGAGUGGUUAUGUUGACUCUAACUAUGCUAAUGAUAAAGACAAUAGGAAAUCUACCACUUCCUAUGUGUUCACUUUGUGUGGGUCGUGUAUUAGUUGGAAAUCUCAGUUACAACCAAUUGUUGCCUUAUCAACCACUAAAGCUGAGUAUGUUGCAGCUACAGAAGCUUUCAAGGAAGCCAUCUGGUUAAGUCGUCUUGUUGCUGAAAUAGGUUUUCUCAAACAGGAUGUUACUGUGUUUUCUGAUAGCCAGUCUGCUAUCCAGCUUUGCAAAAACCCUGUUUUUCAUGACAGGACCAAACACAUUGAUGUGAGGUUCCAUUUUAUUCGUGAUGUUUUAGAUGCAGGUAAAGUGAAGUUGUGCAAGAUACCCUCAGAGUUCAACCCUGCAGAUAUGGGGACGAAGUGUCUAUCUGCUGAAAAACUUUUGUCUUGUAAACGAAUUUUAAAUUUGGACUGCGGUUAACUCUGUUUGCAGGUUUUGGGUAUGUUGGAGGGUAGAUUCUUGAAAGCGUAGUGCUUGAGAGAAUCUACUCUCACGGUUAGGGAGAGUACUUUGGGUACUUCUCCAAUUUCCUUUUGGGAGUAUUUUGUGUAUCUCCAAUUUGUUUGCCAGUUAUGUCUUUAGGAUAUCACUGGUGACCCAGCGAUGAUGAACCACGUGCUCAUGUUACUUUGUGAUACCAUGCACCACCAAUGAUGGCCAAUAAGGUGGAGAGUGUGGAGGUAUUGGCCCCACGGGCCAAGGCAGCCCUCUCUAUCCUAUUAGGCCUGUUUGCUUACCUCUGCCCUGGCCCAUGUUGUUCUGCCGCUAGCCCUUCUUCUGGAACCCUCCUUUAGGGCUUCCCCUAUGGCCGGGUACUUAAACUCCUCUACGCCUUUGGUUGACGUAGAGGUCUUCGGUUAGAGAGAGAGAGUGAGGUUAAGAGAGAGUGAGAGAGACCCCUGUCUCUUCUCCGUUUCAGUCCCUCUGUGGUAUUCUUUUUGUGCCUCCCCUUUUCUGACCUUUGGCGUGCGUUGAGAUGGCUGGGCUGGUCUGAGUGUUCUUGUCCCUUCCGGUGGUGCUUUUGGUGUGUGUGCUGUAUGAGCGUGGUCUGAGCUGGAGAGGUGAAAACCUGACAGAUAACAAAAGAUAAACCGAAAUUGUUGCUGCUGCUAUCUUCUUUUCUGCUGGGAUUUUCUCCGCUGCUGCCUAAGCCUAUCUCAUGUCUUUGCCGAUUGUUGUGCCUUCCGGCCCAGAGCUGUUGGUCUGAAUUGUUUUCUUUCCUACUGCCGACAAGUGAGCCGUGCCUGCAGCCUAGAGCUGCCUUUUAUUUGAGUUUAUCUUGCAGAUCCGUACGACUUUGGGCUGAACCUUCCAUUUUUUGUUUUUCGUUUUCUUCUUUGAUUGCUCUCAGCCAUGUGCUCUUGCUAGCUUCUCACUGUGUGUGGUUGUCCUUUCUUUCAUUUAUUUUGCUGGCCGACACUCCAAUCUGAUCUCUUCAUUUCUAUUUUCAUUUUUUUGGUUUCUUUUCCUUCUCUUUAUUUUGUUUGUUUUUCUUUUUCUUCACGCAACUUAGCUGCAGUUUUGUUUUUGGUUUCUUUUGAUUAGAGUACUUGAAAGAUGUCUUAUUGAAAUAUAGUAG